CACAAUUGACAGCUACAGAAACAACAACAAAAACUUUCCUGGAGUUUUUCGCAAAACUUGUUCGGAUCCCGUUAGCUAGUGAAAAAUAAUAGUUUUUCCACUCCAUGGUUGCAAAAUGUCCACGUGCGGACUGAAAAGCUGUUUCACCUGCUUUCGGCGAACGGAAAACUUUUUGUGCAUCGAGGAGAACGACAGUAACAGCGGUGAAAAUGUGGAGGAAGUUUUCGCCAAGCACUUCUGGUUUACCAGAGACGAAUACCAGAAUCGGAUCGUGUGUACCAGCUGUUGGGAAAAGAUUGACGAAUUUCACAAGUUCUACUGCGAGGUGGAGAAAGUUCACGCUCCCACCAUGUUGGCACAGAUUAAGCUGGAGCCGAGCGACGAUCCGCCGGAGGAUUCGAUGAUGAUGCUGGAGGUCGAAUGCUUGGAUGGGGGCAAAAACAAAUUCAUUUCCAUGAGCACCGAAGAAGACCCUUGCGGCAGCCAAAUGAUGGUGGCCGCAGUUUAUAAAUCGGAAGAUCAAACCUCCUCUCCGCGCUGCCCACCGGACAGUGAUGAAAACUAUGAACUGCAGAAUGAGGUGAAGCAUGAAAACGACGAGGAUCGGAGUGAUGACGAUGAGGAGGAUGAAAGUUCCGACGAAGAUUAUCAGCCUACCAAAGAGGUUAAACAGUCGGAUUCGGAAUCCGACUCGAACAUUCCGCUGGCAAAGCGUUCCGCAGUAAAACGGAGGAAAUCCAAGAAGCGACCCAUCUCGAGCAGAACGAGUGACCGAAGCGAGAGCUUUUCCUGCCAUAAAUGCGUGGAAACGGGCAUGGAUAACGGGGAAACGUUCAAGUCUUUCUACUGGAUGAAGCAACAUUUUCUGAAAGUGCACAAUGCUGCUUGUUACAUCUUUUGCUGCAAUAAAAAGUGGCCAUCCACGCGUAGCUACAAUCUUCACAUCGAUACGCAGCACAAUGUUAAACCACAAACGAAGAAAUUACGUUGCGUCGAGUGUGCCCGCUGGUUCAAGGACGAACGCAUAUUCGCCCAGCAUAUGUUCCUGGUGCACACACCAGAGGAGGCGAAACUGUUUAAGUGCACUCGCUGUCCAAAGGCGUUUGCCGUUGAGGAUCAGCUCAACAGUCACAUCAAGUGGCAUGACGAGGUUGAACAGCGGAAUCAUCACUGUCCGAUUUGCAAUCGGUACUUCCUGGGUGCCGGAAAUCUCCAAAAUCAUAACAUUAGCCACCAUAGCGAUCUAUCAGCACAAACCAAGACAGAGGGUGGAACCUCGUUGGCUCAAAACACUCCCGCCGACGAUGAAGAGCAUGACGGCGAAGAGGACAGUGAUCCGGAGUCCGUUGAGCGAAAGACGACGGCGGGCGUAGAUGAUGACCUGGAACAUCCACCCAAGCGAAAGCGUUGCGGGCCGGAGGAGAUCGAAAAGCAGGAAUCCAUUAUAAAACAGUUUGUUUCGUUCAACUGCACCCGCUGUGAGUUUGUGGGUGUUUCGUUCCAAAAGCUAAAACAGCACAAUCUGAAGGUCCAUAAGGCGACGGGAAGUAUUGUGAUAUGCUGCGAACGUCGGUUCGGUAAGAGAUUGCGACUGUACGAGCACUGUUUGCGGCACCUCAAUCCGGAUCACUUCAAGUGUGACAAGUGUGGCAAAACGUUCACCGACAGCCACGGAUUGAAGCAUCACAACUGGUGGAUUCAUACGCCCGUUUCGGAGCGACCGUUCAAGUGCGACAUUUGUGGGGACGCUUUCGUGAAAGAUUACCUACUGAAGGCACACAUGGAGAAGCACAUCGAGAAGGAACGGAAGACGCACACUUGCGAUCAGUGCGGGCGAAUCUACACGACGGGGCUGCAGCUGAAGAUGCACAUGCAGGCCCAGCAUGGUGCCCUCAGCGAUUGGGUGUGCGAUAUAUGUGCUAAGGGAUUCACCCAUCGAGCGCUGCUCGAGCAGCAUCGGCUAACGCACUCGGAGGAAGGGCUGAAGGCACUGCGGAAGCAGUGCGAGAAGUGCCACAGAUGGUUAACAAACAAUCGCAACUAUUUGCGACACAAACGACGCUGCUUCAACCCUAAUGGCCCGGUUCGGUGCGAGAUAUGUGGCCACGAAUCGGUCAACGAAACGGCACUCAAGUCACACUUUCGCCUGCAUCAUUCCAACCGGCCUAAGUAUGCGUGCAGCUUCUGUGGCAAGGAGUUCAAAAAGCAGCUGCGCUGCAAGGAACACGAAGCCAACCACACCGGUGAUGUGCUGUACAAGUGUCCAUUCUGUCCGCGAAUGUGCAACUCCAGCUCGAAUAUGUACACCCACAAGAAAACGGUACAUCCGGAACAGUGGGCGGCAGCCAUGGCUGCCAAGUUUUUUACACCGUCCGCUUGAACGAACGGUCCGAUUCCGGCUUAGGGUUUCGGUGAGUAUUGCUUUUAAACGACGUAUGAUAUAUCCGUAGAAAGUAUUGUAUGUAUAAUCUAUCACUCUAUUAUGUAAUAAAAAAUUUACUUGGAAAGCGACA